AUGGGCUGUUGCGACAGUAAGCCUGACAGUCCGACUGCAUCUGCCAGGAGCUCGGAUGAGGAGCCUCACUCUGAUGCAGCUUGGUGCGGACGCAAGAAGCGCAGCAAGUCCCAAGGCUCCGCUUUGGUGGCUCGAGGGCAGCAGCAACCGAACCAUGGCCCAGGCUCACUCUCGGAGGGAACGACGUGUCAUCUGCACAUGCCAGCUAGUCAGAUCCGCCGAGAGAUUAUGAAGCUUCAAUACCGCGAGGUGACUCCAGAAGACUACGAGUUGCUUUGUCUUUUAGAUGAGAGCCUGCCCAAGAAGAAUACUCUUCCAGAAGCAUUGGUGCAGGGUCUGCCUUUGGUGCCUGUGGUGGACCGCAGCUCGAAAUGUCAGGUCUGUUUGCUGGAGCUUGGAGAUACUAAGGUGCCACAACUGCCUUGUGGCCACGUGUUCCAUUUUGAAUGUGCUUGCAAGUGGUUCACAAGCUGUUCAGCGAGGUGUCCGGUUUGCCAGGUUUCCAUCCUCGACCCGCCCAUGGCUCCACCUUCGGCCGUCACCAGCGAUGCCCCGGCCAGCUCGGAGACGAGCCCAGACAGUCGAUCUUGGCUGAGACGGGGUGAGGACUCGGAGUCUGAAGCCGUAUGA